UUUCUGCUUCACUUUUAUUUAUUUUCAUUCCAAACUCCAACAAUGAGGUGAAAUAUUGUUUCAUGGAGACCACCUUGUGUUUUAUGAUAUUGUUUGUCCUGAUAGUUGACCUGAUGUGUGCCAACACCAGUGUUCAGGCCUGUAGUGGAGCUAAACUAAACACUUUAACAUACUGACAUAUUUCAUAGAACAGCUCAUUAGAUAAGAACUUCAGAGGGAUUUAAUAUGUUCCCCUCCAUCUCAUUUAAUAAGCAGAUGGUUUGACUGCUCACAUAUCUGUUUAAAAUAAGAGAUAAAGCCAGUCUGUAGAUCAACUGCAGCUUUGAACCACUGGGGGCAGCACCUCACCUCAUUUACUCACUAUAACAUCCAGGAAACCAAACUUGGAUUUGUUGUUUGUUGUUGAUAUUUUUGAUCAGGACUGUUUUAAAUCCCAGGGCAGCCAUACAGAACAAAAGAACAAUAAGACACUACUGAAUCCCCACAAACUGCUCAGUGUCUGGUCUGUAGCUGACAGUAACCUCUGACCUGACACAACAUUUCUGCACAUUUCAUUAGUCUGCAAAACAUGUUGACAAGAUGUGAGCAGCAGAAAGAAUAAAACUCCUUUCAUAUGUGAACAAAGUUGAGUGUCUCCCCGUCCUCUUACACAGGCUGAAGUAACAUCAUAUACAGGAGCAUCUCAAUGAAUUAGAAUAUCAUAGAAAGUUUAUUUAUGUCAGUAGUUCAAUUCAAAAAGGUGAAAUAACACAUUAUAUAGAUCCAUUAUACACAGAAUGAACCAUUUCAUGUCUUCAUUUAUUUAAUUUAUUCUUAUUAUAAUGAUUAUGGCUUACAUUUAAUGAAGACCUGAAAUUCAGUGUCUCAAAUGUGAAUAUUGCAAAAAAAACAACAACAUAAAAAGUCUGUUUAAUGUGUAAAUGUUGUCCUCUGAAAAGUCUGUCAUCUAUAUGACUCAAUACUUGGUUGGGACUGUUUGACUUGAACUACUGGAAAUAGUCUUUUCUAUGAUAUUGUCAUUUAUUGAGACGCACAUAUACUUUCACUUUCGUUCAUAACUUGUCUGAGUCUGUUUUACCUAGAUACAAGUGACGUCAUGCUCAGAAUAAAUUCCCAUUGGCUCAGAUGAAGACAAACACACAAAGCUUCACUCUGGUAAAUCUUCAGACGGUCACAAUGCAGAUCUUUGCUGCUCUGGUUCUCCUGGGAACAGCCCUGCAUGGCGCUGCACCAAUGACUCACUCUAUGAUGAAUUUCAUCACUGCAUCGUCUCAAGUCCCAAACUUCCCAGAGUUUGUGUUUGUUGGUUUGGUUAAUGAGAUUGAGGUAGUGCAUUAUGAUAGUAACAGCAGGAAAUAUGAACCCAAACAGGAGUGGAUGAUCAGAGUCACAGGAGAUGAUCCUCAGUACUGGCAGAGGGAGACUGAGAUUCUAUUUGGUGACCAGCAGGUCUUCAAAAACAACAUUGAAGUUGUAAAGCAGCGCUUCAACCAAACUGGAGGUGUCCACAUACUCCAGAGGAUGAUUGGCUGUGAAUGGGAUGAUGAGACUGAUGAGGUCAAAGGUUAUGAACAGUACGCUUAUGAUGGAGAGGACUUAUCAUUGGACCUGGAGACAGAGACAUGGGUCGCUCCAAAACAACAGGCUGUCAUCACCAAACACAAGUUGGAUAAUAAUAAAGCUUGGAUGGAUCGGUACAAACACUACCACACCGUGUAUUGUCCUGAGGAGCUGAAGAAGCUUGUGAACUUGGGGAGGAGCUCUCUGCUGAGAAAAGACCUUCCCUCAGUGUCUCUCCUCCAGAAGACUCCCUCCUCUCCAGUCAGCUGCCACGCUACAGGUUUCUACCCUGACGGAGCCAUGAUGUUCUGGAGGAAAGAUGGAGAGGAGCUUCAUGAGGACGUGGACCUCGGAGAGAUCCUCCCCAACCACGAUGGAUCCUUCCAGAUGAGUGUUGACCUGGACCUCUCAUCAGUCAAACCUGAAGACUGGACCAGGUACGACUGUGUGUUUCAGCGGGUUGGUGUGAAGGAGCACAUCUUCACCAGACUGGAAGAAGAAAAGAUCAGGACCAACAGAGGUGAGACUUCUAUCUGUCUUUGUUUUGUUUACAGUUUCUUCUAUCUAGUUUAUUAUAUAUAAUUUUAAGACUUGGAUCAGAAAUCGUUCUGCUGUUCACUUGUCCUGUGAAUAGUUUGAAUGACACUAAAGUUAAUCUUGAAUCUCUCUUCUGCUUUAAGUAUUAAACCAAUACAUUUACCCACUUCUGCACCCAGAAUUAUUACCACAGUUUGUUUUGUGUUGCCUGUCCAAAGUUUGCUUAAGCUUA